AGACAGAGAGAACAGUUUGGGUUUGACCCAAUUAAUUAAUGCCAGCAUUAAAAAAAUCUGAAAUGGACCAAACAAUUGAAAGGUCUCCAAAUGCACAUAGGGGUUUUCGAGUUCAACCUCCACUGGUUGACUCUGUGUCAUGCUAUUGCAAGGUUGACUCCGGAUUAAAGACAGUUGCUGGGGCAAGAAAAUUUGUCCCAGGAUCGAAAAUUUGUAUCCAGCCAGACAUUAAUCCUCGUGCACACAAGACUAAAAACUCUCGCAGGGAGAGGUCAAGAGUGCAGCCACCUCUUCUACCUGGCCUACCAGAUGAUCUUGCAAUUGCUUGUCUAAUACGUGUUCCUCGUGUUGAACACAACAAGCUUCGUCUGGUCUGCAAAAGGUGGUAUCGGCUUCUUGCUGGAAACUUCUUUUACUCUCUCAGGAAGAGUCUUGGAAUGGCAGAGGAGUGGGUAUAUGUGAUGAAGAGGGAUCGUGAUGGAAGGAUUUCGUGGCAUGCAUUUGAUUCAACCUAUCAACUGUGGCAGCCACUUCCACCUGUUCCAGGGGAAUACAGUGAAGCCCUUGGAUUUGGUUGUGCUGUUCUUAGCGGUUGCCAUCUGUACCUAUUUGGUGGAAAAGACCCAAUUAAGGGGUCUAUGCGACGGGUAAUCUUUUACAGUGCUCGAACAAAUAAAUGGCAUAGGGCACCAGACAUGCUUCGUAGACGUCAUUUCUUUGGUUCUUGUGUAAUCAACAACUGUCUCUAUGUCGCCGGCGGAGAAUGUGAAGGAAUCCAGAGGACUCUCCGUUCAGCUGAAGUUUAUGACCCCAACAGGAACCGCUGGAGCUUUAUUGCUGAUAUGAGCACAGCUAUGGUGCCCUUUAUUGGGGUUGUUUAUGACGGGAAGUGGUUUUUAAAAGGGUUGGGAUCUCACAGAGAAGUUCUGAGUGAAUCCUAUAACCCAGAGAUGAAUGCAUGGAGCCCUGUCAAUAACGGGAUGGUUGCUGGUUGGCGCAAUCCAAGCAUCUCCAUGGAUGGUCGCCUUUAUGCUUUGGACUGUCGUGAUGGGUGUAAACUUAGAGUAUAUGAUGAAGCCACACAUUCGUGGAAUAGAUUUAUUGACAGCAAGCUCCAUCUUGGAAGUUCUCGUGCUUUAGAGGCUGCAGCUCUGGUUCCCCUCAAUGGUAAACUCUGUAUAAUCCGUAACAACAUGAGCAUUAGUAUCGUUGAUGUGUCAAGUCCUGAUAAACAAGUUGAAACUAACCCACAUCUUUGGGAAAACAUUGCCGGUAAAGGGCACUUCAGAACUCUGUUCACUAAUUUAUGGUCAAGCAUUGCAGGACGAGGAGGGUUGAAGAGCCAUAUUGUGCAUUGUCAAGUGCUACAAGCUUGAGCAUUGACCGUACUAUAUACUCGUCCAUGAUAAGAACUGAGAAUUGGUUUAACUUCUUCAACCUCAAGAACAAAAUCUCUUCCAUUAAAGCAGUUUUGACAUCCUCAACAUGGUCUAGUGCCAGUUUGUGAACCAAAUAGUUGCAUAAUCCAUUUUCACUUCCUGAUGACCUUCUGCAACCUCUGCAGAUAACGCUCACCUCGGUAAUAUAUUGUAUAUGUCAUAUGGAAGUGUUUGGAUUGGACAUAAUUCGAUAUUGGCCUUGAAGUGGAGGGUUUCAGCAUCAACAGCUCAAGCGUGGAUUUCCUGGUAUUUUCAUACUUUGCCAUUUAUUCAUCAGCAGAUGUCUGUUCAAAUACAGAGCUAGCUUGCUAAUGAAUUUCGAAGUAGAAAAAAUGAGGCUAUUUCGUCGCUUCAUAAAAGAUUAAAGAGAUCAAAUAGCUCUAUAUUUUGUGUAUCCAUUUGGUCUGUUGUUUUGCACCAAUAGUAGAAAAACAUAGUUGGUUACUGAAGGACAUAUAGGUAGAAUCUCUGCUUCUUAACUUCUUCCCUUGCUUUCUUUCAAGAUCUGUACAAUAUGUGAUUGGGAUAGAGCGGCAUUGAACUUGCAACCAUUGGCUGCUGAAGUGGCUUAUUUAGAAGUUCCUUAUAUUCAGCAUUAUGAUCUUGCUGCUCCUGCUCCUGCUCUUUGAAUAUGUUGCUUAUGAUCGGUUAGAACAUAGUGGCAAUGUCUAUUUCCUAAAGCUUGUGCUUUUCGACGAAGGAUUCUAUGAAACAGGUAUUGGUAGGUUCAGUAAUGUGACAUUUUCAAGAUUUUUCAUAACAUGUUGAGUUUGUAUUCUUACUUACAAAGGUUAUGUGAAAUCUUGAAAAAGUUAUAUGAUGCAUUAUCGCAUUAGAAUUCAUGGAAUUUCCUUUUGCAGUAAAUAUAGAUUGGCAUUUGGUCUAUAUGUAUUUCCAAAGUUCAUUUUUAUUGAAGAUGUGAAUUGCUUA